UUUGAAAGGACUGGUGUUUCUGUAGUUAUUGUUAUAUGAAUACAGGUGCGCUUGCGCCGCUAAAUUGAACAAGAAUAACAAAAAAAAAAGAAUAUAGGUGGUGAUUGGCUGACUGACCGGCUAUAUUAUAACUUAUAAAUUACAAGCGUCUUAUACCAGCUAGUCUAGAUUACUAACUUUUAAAUAGUAUAUAGCCAGUUAACAAUAAAAUAAAAGGAUUACUAUUAUUAUUCGAUUGAUGAGAAAUAUAAAACUUAUAUAAAAUAAAGUUCACAUAAACUACAAAUGAGUAUGAAUUGAAUAAAAUGUCUGAAGCUUAUAGAAUAGGUGCAGUUAAUAUUGAAAAUAAAACCGGGGUUAAUCACGAUGAAAAUUAUUGUAUAUUAAAUGUUUUAUGUGUGUUUAUUUCACUCGUAACAAUACUAGCUGAUUUAACUACAGAUAUAUUAGUCUUUGCUGAAUAUUGUCAUGACGGGCAUUAUAAUUGGGCAACAGCUACUCUAUUGUUUAUCGUGACUCCUAACAUAAUAAUAAAUAUAUUUUCUCUAAGAUGGUUUAUAAAUGACCAGAAAAUUAAUGUUCGUCAUUGGAUAACACAUGGAUGUCUUAUUGGAUUGCUGGAAAGAUAUGUAAUAUUUUUGUAUAAAGUAUUUGCCUGCAAGAAUCUAGAAUCAAUUAAAACUGAGAAAUGGGUAUCUCAAAGGAAUGAUUUGGGUCUAUUACAUUUUUUAUAUGUAUUUACAGGGACAAUACCCCAAAUUAUUUUACAAACAUAUGCUAUAGUCAUAUUAAAUGAAAAUUAUUAUACUAAAGCAUUUGCAUUAACUGCCUCUAUUGCAUCAGUUAUAUGGAGUUGUUCAACAUAUAUUUACAGUACAACAGUAUUUACAUACGAACAAUUUCAAUGGAAUUCCUUUGCCAUAAAACUUAUGUGGCAUUUUGCUAUUUUAAUUGGAAGGAUACCCAGCAUUUUGUUAUUUACCAUAGUCUUUGGUAUUUGGACUUUAGUGCCAUUGGGUCUACACUGGUCUGUGAUGACAUUUUGGAUUAUUAUGCAGAAAACAUCAUUUUGUUCCAAUAAACUGGAAGAAGCGUUAUAUAAUGUAGUAAUGGGAUUUAUAUAUUGUUUUUGUUACAUUAAUUUAAGGGAAGGUGGAACACGAUAUCGAUUGUUAAUGUUUUAUACGCUAAUAGUUACCCAGAAUUUUGGUGGAUUGCUCCUUUAUGUGUUAAUUUCUGACCUGGACCAACAAAAAAGGUUAUGGUCUAUUACAGCAACAGUAUGUAUAAUAGCAGGGACUUUAAUUGGUAUAACUGCUAUGGUUUUGUACUAUAAAUACUUUCACUUAAAAUCAUUAAGAGAAGAGAAGGAGAAAUCUAAUAGUGACAUUGAAUUAAACAAUAAAGUAAUGAAAGAAAAAUCAGAUGAUAACAAAUCUAUUAACCAUAUAAGAGCAUUUAAAAGUGGACAAAUCACCGAAUUACAAAGGAAAAAAAGAUAUAAAAAAAAGAAAAAUGUAGCAUCGCCAGAAUCAACAUCAAAAAAUGAUACCUAUAAUGCUGAUAAAAGGUUUUUACUAGAUCACUGGAUUGCAAUGUCGAGGACACCAACAUUGACGUCAGCUCAACUAGCUAAUAGUAGCAUGGAUGUUUCAAGUAUUGAAGUAUAUACCGUGGAAAAUACACCACAGUCACAUACACAUGUCGCAUUUAGUGAGAACCCUGAGCAAUUAAAUCUUCAUAAACAAAUGAAAAGAUUAAAAACAUUGCCAUCUCCAAAUGAACUAAUACUGAGAUUAUCUAAUAUUCAAAGUAUCGAAAGUUCUAUAGAUGAAAUAACGUCUAAUAGUAUGAACUUACAAAAACGCCGCGGAAUUUGUUCUUCGGAUGAAUUAAGAGAUGAUUUGAAUAAUAUUAAUGUAGAAAAUGAAAGUUUUAUGAAAAACAUGAAAAUUGACCGAAGUUCAGAAAUAAGUCAAGAUACAGAUGGCUCAAAUAAGAAAACUUCAUCAGAUUCUAUCGAUAUGGAUUUGGAUUUGAGUUUUAGUGACAUUAACAGCUCAGACAUAAAUACUUUUAAUGAAAAUAUUGUACAAAAAUUAUGCUUAAGUGCAUUAAAAAAUAUAAAAGUAGGAAAUCAAGACGCGGAUAUAGAAAAUAUUCAAAGAAUAGCUUUAGAUAUUCUCAAAGAAAUGUAUACUAAAAAGGAUAAAAGUAAAAACAAAGUAAAUAAGGAGACUUUUUUCGCAAAACAACGAGAUUUAGAUACGCCAUCAGAAUUAUUAUCUGUUCAUGAUUAUGAGAAUAUCUGUGCUGUAAAUAUUGCAAGAGAAGCAUGGGGCCUAAGAUCCUGGAAUGGAUAUACGGAUAUAGAAAACUGUCAACAUGAUGGAAGUGUGGUUCGUGAUAGAAGAGGUGAUACAUUUACUUCAGAAAGUUCAGAGAUAAGUAGUUGCUUAUCACAUGAACUAAAAAAUGCUAUUUUAGCAGCUCCACCAUUCCCUAAAAAGACUCCUACUUACUCUAAUAUUUCUGUGAAAUUAGACAGUAGUCAUCAAGAUUAUGUUAACACAGCUAUGUGUCAUUCGAAUGAUGAAAUAUUAAAUAAACCAUGUACAGUGGAUUUUAGUAAAGAUCCAAAUCACUUGGAACCUAUAAUAGAAGAAUUAGAUGAUUUAGGAGAUAUAGAACCACCAACAAAGAAAAGAUUAAACUCUGAAAGUUCAUUAGUUGCUACCAUAGAUGAAAUCCGAAAAGCAUUUAUAAAUAAUUCACCGCGAAAUUUGUACCACAGAAGGGAACAUUUAUGGGAUUCACCACAGUGUGGAGCGUCAGUUACGAUAGAAAAUACUUUGAAGAGGGCACUUUGGAAAGAACCUUCAAAAUUUGAUUCCAGUAAUAUAAUGGAAUCGCUGCCUGAAAAAGAAAAUGUAAUAGGUGUAUCUCAUGAUUCAAAGUUUCAUUCUAAUGAUGAAUCAAACAUCAUCGAAGAAACUAAUCAAAAUGAUUUAGUUAAUAUGGAAAUUGCAGAAACUUAUAACAGAAAUCCUAGACGACGGCAGAAACCAAAUAUUUGUGGUAUUAAAUUACAAAAUAAAACUCUCAAUAACAAACCAGAUCAACGUCUACAAGAUCUUUCAAAUAAAGAUAUAGAUUUUUUAUGGCAAUUAGUGUCUGAAAAUUCUUUACCACAUAGUUCUGCAGAAGAUCUUUCAUCUAAUAGAAUAUCGUCCUCUUUACAAUCAUUGAUACGAAAAGAUCCCUGUAUGUCUUUAGUUAAUGUAUCUGUACCUAAAAUAACAAAUAUAAAAAAAGGAGUUAGAAGUAAACCUAGAAGAAAAUUCUCUAUUUUACGGGAAAGAUUUGAACCUAAAAUUAAUUUAAAUUCUGAUAAAGAAAUUUUGUGUCAUGGUUUAGAAAAUAUAUCAAACCCUUUAGAUAGCAAUUUCAUUAACGUGAUAAAUGAUUUAGAUGCUACAAACGAAAGGAUAAUAUUUGAUUCAAAAACUAAUAGUUCUAGUGUAUAUACCCCUGAUUAUUUAUCUUCCAAAAGCAUCAAAGAGAAAAGAUCUCUGUUUAUGAAACAAGUUCUAAGCCCACCAAAAUUUAAUACUAAGUUAAAACAUAAAAUAUAAACAAAUCAUUAAUAAGCUUUUCGUUCCUAAUUUUUAUGUAUAGUUGUAUAUCAUAGUCAUAUACAAUGAACUUGAACAAAGAUCUCAUGCGGUAUGUAGUCAUUUAAUUUUUACAGAAUACUUUAGAAAUAAUCAUUCAUAUCAUAAAAUAUUUCAAAUCAAGUUGUUGUUUUGUGAUAAUUGUCAUGGUAUAUUUGAAUAUGUAAAAUUUUUAAUGAAUUUAUAAUGAACAAGAUAUAUUAGCUGCCUAUUUCUAUUUUACCAGUAUCAAUCGACACUAUAUUAUAGCUGUUAAUACUUACUAUUUAUUUUGUUGAUAAAAAAAUGUAUUGAUGAUCAGAAAAGAUGUUUAAAAAUCCUUUUCAAAGAGUUAUUCUGCUGACAUAUAAACGUUAUCUUUUAAUAAAAAAAUUAGGUAGUUGCGCUUUUUAAUCUGCCAAUACUAAAAAGUGUAGCAGGUUAUAUAUAAUUAACUCGUCGAAAAUUAGGUAUUUACGGAAGAAAAAGACAGAAUAAAUGUGCUUGAAACAUAAACUUGGAGAGUGAAUUUGGCAGAUGCCUAGUAAAUCAGAAUUAUGAAGUAUAGUAUAUAUAUUGCAUAUAUAUUUUAUAUAUUGCAGGAAAUUAAAAGGAUACAGGUGCAGAAGAAAUCUGGAGUAAUCUAUUAUCAUAUACUUACUACUACCAAUUGAAGCAAAAAUCAAAACAAUUCAGUGUACACGAAUGGAUGAGAAAAAAAUAACAGAUAUAAAGGUAGACCAUUGUUUCUCAACCGGGGCGUCGCGACCCUCGGGGGUUCACGCUUGUUAUUAAAGGGAUCGCAGUCUGUUGAAAAAUAAUAAGACCUCAAAAGAUUUGUUUAAAUGUAGCAAUGUACGACUUAACUGAUCCAACUACUAAUUAUUCUACUGGGCGAUUCAUUCGAAAUAUUCGAAUGAUUUUCAAAUACGAGUCGACAAUAUUUGAAAACUUGAUGAAUCGUAUCGUAACUUGAAAUAAUGUAUGUAGCUAUUCUUGUUAAAUUUUUAUAUUUAGAAUUUAAAAUUAAUAGAGAAAAUAGUGACUAAAAAUUAAUUAUAAUUAUAGCCCGUGAUGUUAUCAUUGACUAAAGUACCUUGAUUUCUUGGUAUAGUUAUUUUGGAAACUGAGUUAUUAUUAAGAUUAUAUUAUAGGUACUUACCUAUCUGUGAUUUACGAUGUGCCUUUUUAUUUGAUUGUUUCAGCCAGUAUUCAACAUUAGUUAAUUAGUAUUUUCUAUUUUUUUUUAAUAGCAAAUAUUAUUGUAAUCUUAAAAGCAUCAUUCCCUUUCGAAUACUAAAUAAUAUACCGUUGAACUUCAUUUAAAUAUUUUAAAAUAACAAAUUACUUAUUUUAAUUCGUUAUUUCUAUAUUUAAAUGUAUUUGAAUCCUUUAUAAUGUAGGGUGAAAAAGUACAGUAAGCCGGUCUAAGAAUGUAGCAGAGUGCAAUCAGUCAUUGAGAGUUACAUUAUUCUCUUUUCGUUUAAUUAAAUUUAUG